UCACUAGUUCAAGUACCGAUAAAGAGAUGAUAACUAUUGCUGAGGAAGAACUGUCUAGACUUCGUCGUCAGCUUCGUAUAAUGGAAGAUGAUAGAAUAGCCUUUUUAGAUGAGACUGGUUCAAAACUAGAAAAACAAAGAAAAAUUAUCGAAAUGCUUAAAAAAGAAAAAGAAAAAGUUUCGGAAGAUAUAAAGGUCUCCACCUGCACCAAUCAAAGAAGAAAUGACAAAAAACUCGGUAAAAAUAUUCACAAACUUCUAGAAGAUUUCCAAAAAUUGGUUAUUUGUGUGAAGAAUGAAAAGGAGCAACUGAAAGAGUUGGAUGUUCAAAUGAGAAAGAUGGAGGGUGAUAUUAAAAAUUUGAGACCUAAGUCGGCAGUAACCGAUCAACACUACCAGAACCGUUUGAUGAGUGGACAAAAAUCCAUUAAAAUAUUACAAAAUAGGCUAGACAACUCUAUAAAACGAUUUUGCUGCAUUUUAACUGAAAACAAGAAACUGCGUGAAGAAAUCGACCAUCUUCUAAAAGAAAGGAGUCAUUUCAAUGAAAUAUGGGAGGCAUUAUUGAAAGAUAUUAGCGGAGGAAAAAAAUUCAUGGCAGAAUUGAUAGAACAAGCUACUGUAGCUUUUGACCAACGUGAAGAAUGGUGCUCAAAACUUGUUGCGCUCAAAAAAAGAGCGCAAAAUGAUUUCUUAGCUCAUUCUGAGGAAAUGCGAGAAAUUCAACGAAAACUUGAUCACGAUUUGACACUAAAGGAGUUUCUGAAUGUGAAGGGUCAAAGGCGCAUUUUGAAGGAUUUGGAAGAGAAAGAAAGAAAAAAGAAAGAAUCAGAGAUUCAGAGCUUAGAAAACCAAUUAGAUGUGUAUGAAAAAACUAUGGAAAAAAUACAGCGAUUUUGUGAGGAAGAUGAUGUCCAGCGGAUCGCUUCUCAGUUUUUGAAACGAGAAGAGGAAAAUUUUGCCCUCUUCAAUUACGUUAACGAGCUCAACCAUGAAAUUGAACAAUUAAAUUCUGGAAUAUUAGAAAUGGAAGAGAAAAUUGAUGAACAAGUGGAAAUCGGUAAGAUUCGCGCUACUGAGCGACAAGCAAAUUUGAAUUUACUUCAGGCAGAUUUAGACGAAUCCGUAAAACAGACCAUUAAAGAUGAAGAGAAUGCGAAGAAAGCUGAAUCUGAACUAAUCAUGGUACUACAAGGCAUCGAGAACAUUUUUACAAUGUUGAACUGCGACAGAGGCCCUAUAUUAGACCUUCUGGGCGAAAAUUCUUCAAUUAACGUGUAUAAUGUGAAUAUUUUCUUAGGGACUAUUGAAAAAAAAGUGUCAGCAUUGAUAACACGAGUAUACUUUGAUGAAAAAGCUAUGUUGACACAGUCCAAGAGAUUCCACCGAGAGAAUUUAGUGAGGCUGAUCAAUUAAUGAGCUGGAAUUUUUGUAGUCAUCUGUAAUGUUGGAAAUAUUUGUUCAUAUUUCACAAAUACAAACUUA